CUUUUUUUUUUCUGUCUUGCGUACAUGUAGUUUCACACUAGUUAAUUGCGUUUCAUACUCCGGUUUAACAAAAAGGAUCAAUUUAAAAUAAUUACUAGUUGUGUUCUCUAGAUCGGAUUCUUAAAAAGAAAAGGAAAAGAGAGAGGAAAUAUGCAACAUCAUUCAGAGAUGCCGGCGUCGAUGAAGCAGCCUCUUUGUCCUAAGCCACGUCGUGUGUGUCCUUCUCUUCCUCACUUCCUCAACCCUAUCUCAUGUUCCCUACGCUCUUCCAACUGCCAACAAGGUUCGGAGGCAAGAAGCGGUGUUCUCAGCAUAAUCGACAAGCCGAUGGAAGGUGGAACAACAGAGACAAUGUGGUACGCAGGGUCUCCACCUAAAAGAACCGGGAAUCCGCUUGUACAUGACCUUCAUUUCAUUCAGUACUCCCUUGACCUUCUCCCAGAUUUCUCAAGCACCAAGGCUUGAUUUUCACAUCUAAUUAUUAGACGAUAUAUGCAUACAUUUCCGCACAAAAAAAACUCCUUGCGUCCACUUAAAACUACCAUCUGGGCGUAAAGAACACCGACAUCAUUAUCAACUAAAAGUUUUUUACACAGAUAUAUAUGCAUCUACUACUCAACAAGUUUGAAGUUUAUUCUUUGUAGAAAUGUAUUUGGAUAUUCUUGAUGAUCACAAAGGUUCCACACUGAGGUCAGCACAAGACUGCUUAAUAAAUCAGCACCCGCACACAAUGAAAGCAGACAACAUAUAUAUAUAGAAAGGUUAACUAGAGAUCUGUAUUAGGACUUGGAUGUUUGUUAUGAUAUAGAAUUUUUUCUCCCUUUUUAGCUUAUUAUGUCUUGUUUUGUAUUUAAGACAUCAUUCCAAUAAUUUUUUAGCAGACUUGUGUUUUCUUUUGUUCAUAUGAUACUACUAGUACAUUUGAACUUGUUCUUACCUCUGUAUAAAUUCCAUACUUCUAAUAUAUAUAUAUCAGUUUUGUUUGGAAAUAUAUGGGUAACUUACUAGAAUGGUAAUGGGGAGGAAGCUCUCAUAUAAAAAGUUGGAAAGCGGAUGAACAUUGAUAUGAGUAUGACAGAGAGAGUUAAGGCGUUGGAGCUUAGAGAGAAGAGAAGGGUGGAGAAUGUGGUGUGACGAUUUUAUUUUUUUAAGUUAAAGCAAUUAUGAGUUUUAGCCUUUUAGGUUAAACAAUUAUAUGAUUAAGAGUUGAAUGCCCCAGUAAGGGUAAACACGUUUAAUAAUUUGUUGGUUUUCAGUGCUUAAUCAUUUCCAAUCUACUUAAUUCUAUUUUUUUAAAAUUGGAUAUAUAAAUUUCUUUAACUCCAAUGUAAUUUUUUCCUUUAUUAUUUUCUCUAUAUUUACAAUUUAAAAACAUUUCUUUAUAAAUAGAUCAAAUUUAAAAAAACUCUAAUAACUAAAAUAAUCAAUUUAAAAAUAAAGAUUACUUAUCACUGCCUAACUCAUGGAUCAUAACCAGUGCCGGUCCUGAGAUAUUCAUGGUCCAAUACGAAAUAUAAAAAUGAAACCUUUAGAUAAUACAUAAAAAAAAUGUCGAUAAAAAAAAUCAAAUUUAUGAUUAAAAAUUACAAUAUUUUUAAAACUAGUAAAUUUUUUUAUCAAUUCUUAAAUAUUGGGUUUUUACAUUUUUUCCUACAAAAUCAUCUAUCAAACUUUCAUAAUCAAAUGCUUUGAUCUUUGAUCUAUUUCUUUUAAUCGAUAACAUUGAAGACAAUUAUGUUAAAUUAUUAUAUUCCUUUUAAUCCACUCAUAUUAAAUAAUACGAAAGGCUAUAUAAAACUUAGUUGUCUUUUAUUUAGAGAUGGUCCAUCACCUUAUUAACUUAUCGAACACAUUAACACAUAAUAUAUUGAUAUGUUAACAAAUAACAACAUUGAAUAAUUAGGCCCUAAAAUGUUUAAAUAAAUAAUAGGCUCCAUACUGAUGUAUCACAUGUAUGGGGUCAAACCCGGGCCUGAUCAUAACACUCCUCCACGCCUCAGUUCACAUUCCACCAAUAUGUAUAAACAGCCACCCAAACACUUAGUUAAUGGUAACAUCCCGAUUUAUAUACUAUAUGGUAAUAAUGUCUAUUGAAAAGUUUAAAAUAAUUUGAUUUUUUGCCCAAAACAAGUUUAAAAUGAUUUACUUAUCUAUAUUAUUAAAGAACUUUUCUUUUUGGUCAUUGGUUCUGAAAAAAAUUCUAAAAUUAAGUGUGUAUAAACCGAAAUAGAAUAAUACCAUAUAAUAUAUCGAAAAAGUGAUUCGUGAUACCGUGCACAAAAUAAAAAAUGUUAUGUGGUGAUUGUAAAAUCAGUAAAGUUUUUGAACCUAUGAAUGAUUAACACACCUGACUAACAAAGAAAGUUUAACACACUGACCGCCGGGUGAUGAGGACAACCGGUGACUAAAUGAGGGGACGCAGAGCCCACUAACGAGAACAGUCAGAACGUUGCAACAAUGUACUUGGGUUUUAAUUUGUGUACUAAAGGUCAUAAUAAGAAAUACAAUGAUUUUGUUAAGUUUCUCUUUAAUCUAGAAUAGUUAAAUGCGAGAGUUGAUGUUGUAUAAUUGAAUCAAAUACGGAAAUUUCGUUGGCAAUAUUCCUUAACCAGCGAUUUAAGAAUUCGUUGACUGAUACCAAGCAGCA